AUGGCGGCAGACGUGUCCGUUACUCACCGGCCCCCGCUGAGCCCGAAGCCCGAGGCAGAGGCCGAAGCGGGUGGUGUCGGAGAGCGUAGGACGCUGGACGAGAAGCUGCCGCCACUAGACCCCGAAGAGGUGCGGAGCCGCCUGGAGCGGACUGAGCGCCAGUUCCGUAACCGCCGAAAGAUCCUCAUCCGGGGCCUCCCGGGGGACGUGACCAACCAGGAAGUACAUGACCUGCUCAGUGACUAUGAGCUCAAGUACUGUUUUGUGGACAAGUACAAGGGGACUGCUUUUGUGACUUUGCUGAAUGGGGAACAAGCAGAAUCAGCGAUCCGCACAUUUCACCAGAGCCACCUGAGGGAUAAGGAGCUGUCAGUGCAGCUGCAGCCCACAGAUGCCCUGCUUUGUAUUGCCAACUUGCCCCCAAGCUACACACAGCAGCAGUUUGAGGAGCUAGUGAGACCCUUUGGCAAUCUGGAGCGCUGCUUCCUGGUGUACAGUGAGCGCAGUGGUCACUCCAAGGGCUAUGGCUUUGUAGAGUAUAUGAAGAAGGAUUCAGCAGCUAGAGCCAAGUCAGACCUACUGGGCAAACCACUGGGCCCCCGGACACUGUAUGUGCACUGGACAGAUGCCAGCCAGCUGACUCCAGCACUGUUGCAUUCACGAUGCCUCUGUGUUGACCACCUACCCCAGGGCUACAGUGAUGUGGAUGAACUUCGACAGGCUCUUUCUUCUGUACAUUCUCCCACCUUCUGCCAGCUCGCAUAUGGACAGGAUGGACAGCUGAAGGGCUUUGCAGUGUUGGAGUAUGAGACAUCACAGAUGGCUGAAGAAGCCCAGCAGCAGGCCGAUGGGAUGGUCCUGGCUGGAAAUCCUGUCCGAGUGUCUUUCUGUGCCCCAGGCCCUCCAGGCCGGAGUAUGCUAGCUGCCCUCAUUGCUGCCCAGGCCACGGCUCUGAACAGGGGGAAGGGGCUGCUGCCUGAGCCAAACAUUCUUCAGAUCCUCAGUAGCUUAGGACCCCCUGCAUCUCUACAACUUCUUCUGAAUCCUCUGCUGCAUGGUCCUGGGGGUGGAAAUAAGCAAGGCCUCCUGGGUGCACCUCCAACCAUGCCCCUGUUGAACAGCCCAGCUUUAUCCACAGCAUUGCUUCAGCUUGCCCUACAGACUCAGAGCCAAGUCCAGCAGAAACCAGGGAUCCUUGGAGACUCUCCCUUAGGGUCAUUCCAAUCUGGGACCCAGCCUGGGAACACUCUUCUUGGAGAGUUACCUGCAGGAGGAGUCCUGCCCUCAGACAUGCCCCCAGUUCGAGGGAAGCCUCCAUCUCUCUUGCCUCCACUGCUGGGCACAGCAGGGGGAGAUCGUGAAGCUCUGGCUCUGGGGGCUUCAGCCACUCAGCUCACUCCACCUCCUGCCUCCCUUCGGGGUUCUGUUCUCAGUGGAUUACAGAAACUCAGUGAGAAUGGGCCCCCACCAACCUCUGGGGUCUCACUGCUGGGAGAGCCUCCCAAGGACUUCAGGAUCCCUUUGAACCCUUACCUAAACCUACACAGUCUCUUACCAACAGGUAGCCUGCUUAGUAAAGUGUCUAGGCUGGAGUUGGGUUGGAGUAAGGGUGGGAAGGGAUGGGGCAAAUCUGAUAUUUUCCCUUUGGCCCCAGGGAGUGGCAGCAAAGCUUUUAAUCUGAAAUCCAGUAUGCUGGGCGGUACUUCUAGCACCCGUCUGUCCACUGAUUCAGGCCUUUCCUCAGAUGGCUAUGGCUUUGACUAUCCACCGGAUUUGGGUCCAAGGCGUAUAUUUUCCCAUCCUCGAGAAUCUGUGGGGCCCAUACUAGGACCACUUGGGCACAGCAGACAUAAGAUGUCUCCCCCACCCAGUGGGUUUGGUGAACGGGGCAGUGGAAGUGGGGGGCUUCCCCACUUUUACUCAGGUUCCCCUACCUCCUAUUUCACCAGUGGUCUGCAGGCUGGCCUCAAGCAGAGUCACCUCAACAAGGUUGUUGGCACGUCCCCCAUGGGUUCUGGAGAGGGUCUCUUGGGUCUGGGUCCUGGCCCUGACAGCCAUGGCAGCCUGAUGAAGACUCCUAUGGGUGGCCAGAAACGGGGCUUCUCCCACCUGCUUCCUUCCCCAGAGCCUAGCCCUGAAGGGGGGUAUGUGGGGCAGCAUUCCCAAGGCCUGGGGGGCCAUUAUGCAGAUUCCUACCUGAAACGCAAGAGGAUAUUCUAAUGAACCCCUGAUCAAAACCUCGACCCUACCCCAAGCUGGCUGACUGCUUUUAAAGCCCACUCUUGGAUUUCCAGUUUUUAAAAAAACAAAACAAACAAAAAAAAAACACAACAAUGUAUGUAAAGAAUUUGCCUUCUGAUCAGGGCCAGCCCUCUCAGACUCAGCUCCUUUCUCCUUAGUAGAAAUGGCUGUGCCAGGGAAUGGGGGUUGUUCCCUUCAGUACCAGCACCUUUUGACAUCCUCCCUGGGCCCUGCAGUUCUAUAGACUUGCAGAGUUCCUGUUUAGUGGGGGAAAAGAAAAAGAGGGGAUGUCCUUCAAGUAACAUGUAGGGACCAGACUGGGCAGGAGUCAGGAUUGCUUUUCCCCAUACCCUGGGACCUAUGUCACUCUUCUAGGGCAAUAUUCUUGCCCUGCCCCACUUUGGACUUCUGGGGGGGGCCACCAGAGAUCCUGUCCCAAAAACAUUGUAGCCUUAAGAGGCCCCCAGGGUUUGUGACCUCAUUCUUGCUUUCUCCUCAAUACCCUUUUCUCUGUAACUCUUCAUUGACUUUUCUCUCAUCCAUUUUCUGUCAUCUCUUUGUGUGUUUUGUCUCCCUCCUUUCUUUCUCCUUGGUGUCUCUUGAGAGGCGUCUUGGGCUCCCUGGGUGGCUCCAUAAGGCUGGGCCUAUGCUGGAUCCUGGGGUUUGAGUGCCUUUGGACAUUGUGCAGCUUCCUUUUUAGGGGAAUGCUGUAUCUGUAGGUUGCCUUUAAAUUUUUUAACAAUUGUUUUUAUUUUCUUGUGUGUGUUGUUUUUUUAAUAAUAAGCCAGGAAGAACCCAGCUCCCUGAUUCCUGGGCAUCCCAGGGAGCCUGGGAAGCUCAACUUUUGUAUUUUCUUUAUGGCUUUAAACUUCUUAGCCACAUAUUGGAAAUGGUUGGGGGGGAGGGGGGCUGCUUUUUUUUUUUUUUUUUAAUGCUGCAGGUGUGGCUGCCUCCCACCCCCUGCUGCUGCUUUUGGUCUUUAUACAGAAAUAAUGGCCCUUCCUGUGUCCCCAGAUGCCUUAAGGCCCUGAGCCUCAGUCCCCGCCCAGUCCAGAGAACUCAGCAUCUGUGGUUCAUUCUGAAGCUGCUGGGGCUACACUUCUCUCCUUAAAACUCAGGACCAAACAGCUGAUAGAGGAAGGGACAGACUGGGAGGUGAGCCUUUAAGCCAGCCCCUCCUCUCAAUGAGCUCAGCUGGAGAGUGGCUUUCUGUUGGAUUGCAGACCCAACAGUUACAGAGGUCUCCUUUGAAGUAAAGCUUUAUCUUUCAUUUCACCCAUACUUUGUCCCCACUUGGUUUUUAUGGUGAAAUUCUUUCUGCCCAAUUAUGUCAGCUGGAAAGCUCCAGCUGCCCCCAGCCCUAAGGCCAAAGUCUCCAAGCAGAAUGAUAACCUUUGCCCCCAGGGAGAGGAAAGGGCCAUCCCAGGCCUCCUCUUUUAGGGUAGGCUGCCCCUCUCCCAACUCAAGUGAGCCAACCCCCUCUAGUGCCUCCAUGUGCCCCAGGGCACAUCACCUCAUAUGCCUAACCUUUCCUCUCCCCCCAUUCCCAAGACCCGCCUCGGGCUUUUCCCCACUGCACUCCCAUGUUCCUAAUAGCCCCUCUUAAUCUGUACUUUGUCUUUGUCUUCCGAGCUAGACCUGCCAGGGACUACCUGUUCCAGGGCUCUAGGCUCCAACCUGCUGUCUUUGGACCAGCCCUAGUUUCCAGGGCAAGGUUUUCAGUGCCUCCACUGUCUGCCCUACAGGAACCCUGGGUGGGGGAUAGUAGCUCUGUCCUCGUAAAUAUGACUGUCCCUUGAAAUCCACAUUUGCUGAAUUAAAGUUUUUAAGUAAAAUGAUUUUAAUGAAA